CCAACUUGCUAAAUUGAAGAGUUUAGACUCGUGCAGUAGCUGUUGUGAUGAUAAUGCUGUUUGUGUGCUAUUUAGAUGAGGUUUCAUAACUACGUAACAUAACGUGUGUUAUCAGUUAAGUUUAUUUUGUCAUAGUGUCACAACCGGCUAGCCUGUAAUGUCGUCACUAGGAGGAUCAGGACUCGAGUGAUCUGUACCAAAAUAUGAUGACGACGUAAAGUCAUGGGAAUUACACCAAGGAGAAACUAAGCAUUUUAAUCUUGGAUUUCAGGUUUUUACCAUGAUCCUAUUUAUUGUUCGCAGGAUGAGCAACGUGGGGUCGCGUGACCGGUGUGCGGUGUGUGGGAAAGCCGUCAUGUCUGUGUUGUGCUCGCAGUGCGAGAACGUGGCUUACUGCGGGCUCGAGCACCAGAGAAGCCACUGGCCGGAGCACAAAAGUCUCUGCAGCCCCUACAGCAUCGAGCGGACCGACACACUUGGCAGAUAUCUGGUCGCAACGCGUGACAUCAAACCAGGAGAAGUAAUCCUGAAGGAGAAACCGCUGGUGGUGGGUCCUCGAGUGGAUUCCUUCCCAAUCUGUCUGGCCUGCUACCGGCCCCUCCCGAUAUAUCAGGAGUCCCGCUGUUCACGGUGUUUGGUGGCGCCUGUCUGUGGUGUUCACUGUGAACGCCAGGGAGCGCACAGCGAACCCGAAUGUAUCUUACUGAGGGAGGCGGUUAAGGAGUACCCAACUCUCCUGUCAGACCAAAGCCAGAUAGUACUGCCUUUGCGGUGCCUGCUGAAACUUCGAAAUUCACCCACAGAUUCCAAGUGGACUUCAUUUCUAGAACUGGAAUCUCAUGAAGAGAAAAGGAGAAACACCCUUAUCUGGAGAGAUCAUCAGCUCAAUAUAGUAGAGGUGCUCCGAGAUCAUGGUCUGCUCGCACCGACGGAAGACGCAGAUCUCGUGCAGAGAAUAUGCGGAAUUCUGGACGUGAACAGUUUCGAAGUUCGAGGUCCGCCAUCGAAAGCCGGAGUGACGGAGAGGUUGAGGGGAGUGUACCUGAGGGCCGCACUCAUGGCUCACGACUGUGUAGCCAAUACGCACUUGGCUGUGGACGACGACUUUCAGAUGAUCGUUCAUGCUAGCAUACCUAUACCACGAGGACAUCCGAUUUACUUCAACUACACAAGCGCUAUGCAGGGUACCUGGGAUAGACAAACGCAUCUACGAGAAGGAAAAUAUUUCGACUGUACCUGCAAAAGAUGUUCUGACCCCACUGAACUCGAAACUCACAUGAGCUCCAUCUGGUGUGUUCGCUGUCAUGAAGGUUUUGUCGUAUCAACAAACCCCAUAGGAACCAGAAGUCCGUUACAAGAAAGCAAACAAGUGAAGACGGCUUCAACGAACACUGACUGGGAAUGCAAGACCUGUCAGCAUCGAUACAGGUUCAGCCUCAUAGCAACAACUGUAUCUUUGGCGCGUGAUCUAUUCUGUGACGUCGACAAAAGUGACACCAGAGCUAUGGAAGCUCUCUUGCGUAAACUGUUAAGAACAUUUACACCUCAGCAUUUUGUGAUAUUAGAAGUGAAACAGGCUUUAGUAGCUGCAUAUCGAGAUAUGAUUAUUCGACAGCCGAAUCCUACCAGGAGUGUUUUAAACAGGAAGACUGAACUCUGUCAAGAUAUGCUUCCGGUCAUCCAAGUGAUUGAGCCAGGAAUUUCUAGGCUUAAAGGAAUCGCCCUAUAUGAGCUGCAGGACUCCAUUGUGAAGUUGGCUAUCAGGGAUAUGGAGGCCGGGAACACUUCUAAAGAUCUCCUCGUAAGGCUCCGAGGAGCAGAGGUCUCUCUCCGUGAAGCCGUCACUCAGCUCCUAUACGAGCCCACACACUCUCCUGAAGGUCAGCUUGCCAGAAUCGCCAUGCAAGACUUAAAAAGGCUCCGAUGCAACAUCCAGCAUGUGGAGAAAAUGAUGACUGAGAAUGGGCGUGAUCACCGGAAAUCAUCCGCAGCAACGUCGGGUAUCUCCAAGAAACGAGACGGAGCGGGAAGGGGAGCAGGUAGAACUAAAAAAUGAUUAUUUGCGAAAUGUCGUGUUAUUGACUUAGGUCCCACCAAAUAUUUAAACUUAAAUAUCGCUAACUGGUCUCUUUAUUGUGACAACUGAAAUCCUAGUUUAAGGUAGAAAAAAAUAUGUCGAUAAAUUGAGGCAGUCAAACUUCCA